CCACGUCUCCGCGCCUCGGCUCAGCAACCUGGGACGAUGACACCCUAAAAGCGCUUGGAAAAACUGUAAAAACUGCGAGGCGCGCCUGUGAGGGCGCCAACGCCGCCAGGCGAGUCCUCCACGCCUCCACCCCCGACUGAGUCAAGUCCAGACUCCGGCGCCCAGCCGAGAGGAAAGAAAGGCAGGGGGUCGGGGAGGCUGAGCUGCGCGCCGCCACGGUGGUUCCGCGGCCGCCGGCUGAGCGCUUCCCGCCGUCUCCCACCGCGGUCCCCACCGCCGCUCGGCAAGCCUCGGCACCUCCCGACACCUCCUCGGUCGCCGCGGCCGCUCCCGCUCCUCACAGCCGCGAAGCCCAGGCCUAUCCCGCGGUCGGGCCUCCUCGGCCCUCUUCGCCGUGACGAAUCGGCGCCCAGUUGGAAACGUUUCCAAAUUCGGGGAGUUUUGAGAGCCAAUGGGGCCUGGAAAAAAAUCCCUGAGUGUGCUAAGCAUCACCGCGUCCUCAGGAGAGAUUUAUUUUUUCUAAAGAGGGUCGGGUGGGGCCUGGGAAAAAAAAAAAAUUAAGAAGAGUGUGGAAAGUGCGAGUGCGGAAGCUCCGGACGCGAGGGGCGGGGCGUGCGCGGGACAAAGGGAAGCGAAGCCGGAGCUGCGGGCGCUUUUUCUGCCCGCGGUGUCUCAGAUUCAUUCUUAAGGAACUGAGAACUUAAUCUUCCAAAAUGUCAAAAAGACCAUCUUAUGCCCCACCUCCCACCCCAGCUCCUGCAACACAAAUGCCCAGCACACCAGGGUUUGUGGGAUACAAUCCAUACAGUCAUCUCGCCUACAACAACUACAGGCUGGGAGGGAACCCGGGCACCAACAGCCGGGUCACGGCAUCCUCUGGUAUUACGAUUCCAAAACCCCCAAAGCCACCAGAUAAGCCGCUGAUGCCCUACAUGAGGUACAGCAGAAAGGUCUGGGACCAAGUAAAGGCUUCCAACCCUGACCUAAAGUUGUGGGAGAUUGGCAAGAUUAUUGGUGGCAUGUGGCGAGAUCUCACUGAUGAAGAAAAACAAGAAUAUUUAAACGAAUACGAAGCAGAAAAGAUAGAGUACAAUGAAUCUAUGAAGGCCUAUCAUAAUUCCCCCGCGUACCUUGCUUACAUAAAUGCAAAAAGUCGUGCAGAAGCUGCUUUAGAGGAAGAAAGUCGACAGAGACAGUCUCGCAUGGAGAAAGGAGAACCGUACAUGAGCAUUCAGCCUGCUGAAGAUCCAGAUGAUUACGAUGAUGGCUUUUCAAUGAAGCAUACAGCCACUGCCCGUUUCCAGAGAAACCAUCGCCUCAUCAGUGAAAUCCUUAGUGAGAGUGUAGUGCCAGACGUUCGGUCAGUUGUCACAACAGCUAGAAUGCAGGUCCUCAAACGACAGGUCCAGUCCUUAAUGGUUCAUCAGCGAAAACUAGAAGCUGAACUUCUUCAGAUAGAGGAACGACACCAGGAGAAGAAGAGGAAAUUCCUGGAAAGCACAGAUUCAUUUAACAAUGAACUUAAAAGGUUGUGUGGUCUGAAAGUAGAAGUGGAUAUGGAGAAAAUUGCAGCUGAGAUUGCACAGGCAGAGGAACAGGCCCGCAAAAGGCAGGAGGAGAGGGAGAAGGAGGCAGCAGAGCAAGCUGAACGCAGUCAGAGCAGCAUCGUUCCUGAGGAAGAACAAGCAGCCAACAAAGGCGAGGAGAAGAAGGAUGGCGAGAACAUUCCAAUGGAGACAGAGGAGACACACCUUGAAGAAACGACAGAGAGCCAACAGAACGGUGAAGAAGGCACGUCUACUCCUGAGGACAAGGAGAGUGGGCAGGAGGGGGUCGACAGUAUGGCGGAGGAAGGAACCAGUGAUAGCAACACUGGCUCGGAGAGCAACAGUGCAACAGUGGAGGAGCCCCCGACAGAUCCCAUACCAGAAGAUGAGAAAAAAGAAUAAAUGUUGCCUUGUUUUAUGUGUUCUAAAUACUUUUUUAAAUGAAAAAAAAAUGUUUUUUGGUUUUAAUGGUGUUAUGUGGUUUGUGUAUUAACUUUUUUCUUGUCCAUAUCACACCACCAAAGGCUUUUGGACCAUUUAGCAUCAUGAGCCUGAUGGCACAGUCGGUCACCCUUCUUAGUGUUGUGGAGAUGGCCUUUUCUUUGGCUCUUGUUUCUAGCCCUCAACUGCUGAAAGCCUCAGAAUUUAGAUUAAUUGAGAAAACACCCUCCUCUUUUAGAGAAUUAUCCUUUGAUGCUGCAGAAUCUACUCUUACAAUGCCUUCCUACAGCUCACUGGGGUGCUUACCAAAGCCAUAGCUCUAAACCUUCCCAAUCCCCGUCAACAGCUUCCUGAAAGUCUCCUCUCUUGUUUACUUCUGCAAAGGGUAGUUUCUUAAAACCGUAAUCAUGUAUGAGUAUGUAUUUGUUCACUUCCCCUUUUUUACUUUUAGUCAAUGUCAGAUACCAAGAGUUGUGUUAAGAAGUUGAGUGUAGGCUACAACUAACUAUGCUUGGAUCUUACUGAUCCAGAAAUAGCUCCCAUAGUUAAGAGUAGUUACUUAUGAAAUGGUCAUUAAAGUGAACACAACACAUAUACAUUAUCUAUACUGCUUUUUGUUAUGAUUAAUAUUGGGUAUGUUACGGUCAAUUCAUCCUUACUGUAUAGAAAAAAAAUUACUUUUUUACCAGGUUUUCCAAAGACAGACUAGAUCAAAAAACUCAAGGAAUUUAAUAUUCUUGUAAUGGACUAGAUAAUUUAAACUGAUCAGCCCAUUCCAGAAGAAAAACAGCUGGGAAUUAAGUUAAUCCACUUGAAAUUAUUUUACAAUAAUCAGAACAUUCAAAACCUCAAGGCUCAGGAUCCCAUAGAUCAGAGCCCACCUUUUGAUAAACUCUUAGUACUAAGUCUUGGAGACUAGAAGCAAGAUAGUUUGUGACACAUAUGCUUCCCAAAAACUAGAAUAGAUUUUUACUGAAUAGUGGUAUAUCUGAUGGUAUAUGUUUCUUAAAGGUCCAAAUGUAAUAAAAAAA